AUGUCGUGCCCCCGCUCUCUGCCUGGAUACCCCCCCGCAGGGGGCCGUUGCCUCAUCAUGUUGUCUCAAGGAGGCUUCCAGAGCAGCAGACAGAACUUCACUUUCGGACCGUGGACUGUGACCGCCGCCAAGAACCACAUCAUGAAAUCCAAAGACAUUGAACGGCUGUCAGAGGAGAUGAACAUGCCGGCACUCCCUGAAAUGCUGUUUGGAGACAACGUGCUGCGGAUCCAGCACCAGGACGGAUACGGCAUCGAGUUCAACGCCAUCGACUCGCUCAAGAGGGUCAACAACAUGUCCGACAGCGUCCAGGUGGCCUGUGCUCAGGAGUGGCAGCAGAGCAGAGCAGAGUCAGAGCACUCGAAGGAGGUUGUGCGUCCGUACGAUUGGACCUACACCACAGAUUACCAGGGCACUCUGAUCGGAGAGGAAGCACUUAUCAAGGUGACCCCCACAGAGCAGCGUAUUGACCUGGACCGUCUCAAAGUGCGAGAACAGAUCAAGUUCUUUCAUGAAGUUCUUCUGUUCGAGGACGAGCUGCACGACCACGGGGUCUCCACCAUCAGCGUCAAGAUCAGGGUGAUGCCCACAAGUUUCUUUGUUCUGAUGCGUUUCUUUCUGCGAGUCGACGGCGUUCUCAUCAGAGUCAACGACACACGUUUAUACUACGAGGCGGGAAAAGACUUCAUGCUGCGAGAGUUCAGUAUGAGAGAGAGCCGCCUGGAGGAGCUCAAGGACAUCCCAGCAACUCUGUACACGGACCCCAACGAGGUGGCCCCUCACCUGGCCCUGAAGCUCAUGCACUGUGACAGGCUGCAGUUCCCCGAGCGGACAGAGCAGGCAGCACAGUGA